GCAACAGUCGAUCCGCAGACACAGAGAGAUCGUGGAGGUACACGCUCCCAAGAAAAAGAGAAAGAGAAGUCCGCUCCUUUGUGCGCGUUUUGCGCAGAAAUGCGGCGUCGUUAGUUGCGUCGAGCGGGAAAACACGUGAUUACCGACCGACGUGUAUCGUGACCAGAGCAAACGUGAGCCGAUGAGCCAGACGACGGAGGGAUGAGUUCAUGUUGAGCAAUGAGGCGGAGAGAACCGCGCACAGGAGCUCCAAUCUGAGACGGGACUUUCAGACAGACAGAGAUGGGAAAUUCAGAGAGCCAGUACAGCAUCCAGGGGCCGAAAGGCACCAGCUCCGUCUUCCCUGGGAAACCCAAGCCAUAUUCACUGAAGCUCCGCUCAGCCAAAGAUGAUGCUCUGUCUCCGCACACAUGGUGGAAAAGUGCCCCAGUGGGCUCAGGGUACAAGGCCAGGUGUGUUGGCCGUGGCUGUUUGUCCCCUCCCAAAAGCCGACUGCCUUACUCCGCUCGGCACUAUGACUAUGUCUCCAAGGGAUUGAGGGGCAGCCCAAGUGAGCAUCGCUGGCAUCGUGCCCCUGGAUGCGGUAUGCGAAAGCGUCACUUGUCAGAUGAGUACGAAGAUAAUCCGUAUGGGGCUGAGCUUAGCGGGAACACCCAGGAUGGACACGGUGACGAACAGAAGGUUUUGGAAGAACAGAGCAGCCCUCGGGUGGUGAUCAAGAAGGAUGGUAGUCUCAGGGUCGAGUUCACCAACUCCUCAGGAAGUCCCCUCCUUCUGCAAGAGGCCUCUGGCCCUGUACAACUCCUCAAGUUCUCUCCCAACCUGGAGUCUGCCUCCACUCCCAGUCUGCCUGGUUCCAGUGGAAGUGGCCUGGACGGCCACAGCAGUGGUCCCCCGCCGGCCUCUACCUCCUCCACGGCCAGGACCAGCAAAGGCAGCUCUCUGAGCUCUGAUGGCUCAUGGUACGACUCCCCCUGGGGGCCCGGCACAGAGCUGUGUGAGCAGGACCAACCCUGCUCUGCAAGCAGGACUCUAGUUCACUCCCCCAUCCUCCAGCUUGACUCAUUCACUGAGCAAUCUCCCCCUGUGUCCAUCACGGACCUCUACCGGGACUCCUCAAUGGCCGCCACCUUUCCCACAGCCAGGGACCUGUCCUCCCAGUUACAGGAGCCUCCACGAGGCCAGAGGCCACACCGAGCCUCCUUUGCGUCUGUCCUUGACGUGCCCUUGGAGGAAGAAUGCCUCGAGGGCCGGCAGUACUCAUCAUACACCCUGCCCUGUCGCAGGCCCAAAGCCCACACCAUGGGUGAGGACCUGGACCAGUACCCUGACCAGGAACAGCACCAGGAGCAGGGUGUGCCAGAUUUUGGCGCCCACAAGAAAGACUCCAUCAAAAACCGCAUCAGACGCUUAAGUGACUGGACCGGCAGCCUCAGCCGCAAGAAGAGGAAGUCUCAGGAAUCCAGGUACAAGGACUUGAGCGACGCCUUUGACAGUGGAGUCGACGGCCUGACUGCGGACACCAGCUCCCCCUCCCAGGUCUCUAGCGUCCUCUGGUUCCCGGGAGCGUCCAGGGCCCAGUCUUCGGGAGCCAUUCCCCAAACAACCAGCGACGCCCUCCGCCAGAACAUUUAUGAGAACUUCAUGAGGGAGUUGGACAUGGGCACGGGACAGGGAGGAGGGGGUGGAGGCGAGAGGAGAGACCCGUCCACCGGCACCGAAGAGGGGGAGAGCAGCAGCGAGUCGGCAGAGGGCUCUCUGGAGGAGCUGGACCUGCUGUUUGAGAAGGAGCAGGGGGUGGUCCGACGGGCCGGCUGGCUCUCUUUUAAACCCCUGGUGACGCUGCACAAGGACAGGAAGCUGGAGCUGGUGAACCGCCGCAAGUGGAAGCAGUACUGGGUGACCCUGAAAGGAUGUACGCUGCUGUUCUACGAGACUUACGGUAAAGGCUCUCCGGAGCACGAGCUGUCGCCUCGCUACGCUCUCUUGGCCGAGGACAGCAUCGUCCAGUCUGUUCCCGAGCAUCCCAAAAAAGAGAACGUCUUCUGCCUUAGCAACUCAUACGGAGACGUUUACCUCUUCCAGGCCAGCAACCAGACCGACCUGGAGAACUGGGUGACGGCCAUCCACUCUGCCAGCGCCUCGCUGCUGGCCAAGCGCCAGGGGAAGGAGGACACGGUGCGCCUGCUGCGGAGCCAGGUCCGAGGCCUGCUGCAGAAGAUCGACAUGGACGGCAAGAUGAAGAAGAUGGCCGAGCUGCAGCUGACGGUGGUCAACGACCCAAAGAACCGCAAAGCCAUUGAGAACCAGAUCCAGCAGUGGGAGCAGAAUCUGGAGAGGUUCAACAUGGAUCUCUUCAGGAUGCGCUGUUACCUGGCCAGUCUGCAGGGCGGAGAGCUGCCCAACCCGAAGAGCCUGCUAGCGAUCGCCAGCCGUCCCACCAAAACCACCCUGGGGCGCCUGGGGAUCUUCUCCGUCUCAUCCUUCCACGCACUGAUCUGUUCCAGAGACGAGGCCACUCUCCGGAGGCGCUCGCUGUCCCUGACUUACAGACAGCGCAAGAGGGGCCUUUUCUCUUCGCUCAAAGGCCUCGACAACCUCACGAAGAGGGGGCGUGACAAGAGGCCGUCUGCAUCACAGCUCUUCGAGGGUGACGCCGGAGGUCAAACGUACGCCCUGCCUCCCCGCAGCACCGAGAGGCUGGACGUGCUGACCAGUAUCUACUCCAUGUCGCCCCCCGAGGGCGGUGCGUGGGACAGCAUCAGCUCCGCCGCAGACGUGCUCACGUGUGUCUACAUGCCAGACGGCCUCGCAGUCCAAGUUCCCGUCAGGAGAGACCAGACGACCGCCGACCUCCUGUCUGCAGCCUGCAAGGUGAAACAGCUGGACCCUGCUUGGCACUGCGUCCGACUGCACAGGCGAGCGGGGCAGGACGCAGAGGUUCGAUGCGUGGCGCCCGGAGAGCUCGUCGGCGAUGUGGCCAAUGGUCAGUUGGAGGUUUUCCCCGUUAAUGUGUUUACACUGCACAUGAGCAGGCCGAGCGGCUCCGGAGACUUUGGUUUCGCGGUGACAGGACACAUCGACAGCCAAAGGAACAGCCGCAUCUUUGUCAGUGAGGUGCUUCCUGAUGGACUGGCCUUCAAUGAAGGUCUGCGGCCAGGUGAUGAGAUCCUGACUCUGAACGGCCGGUGUGUGUCGGGUCUGGACCUGGCGCUGAUCCAGACGCUGUUUGCCGAACAAACCCUGCACCUGAGCCUGAGGCGGGACGGGCCCCUGCCGCCGAACGCGGCGUCCAACCACCCGGCCCCUCCCGCGAAACUAGACCUGGAAGUUCGCAGCAAGCACCACCGAGCCAAGUCCUCCUCAGAUGUUUGUUCUGCAGCCGAUGGAGUCGAGCCCCUGUGCGUAGGACUAGAAAACGGUCCCUCCCACUGCGCACACAGGCCUGUUCAGCACAGCAAGAGCGUGGACACUGUUUGCACUCUGUACCAGUCCUUUCAGGAUGGGGCGGGCUCAGGCGCCGGGGGUCUGAUGGAGGACGCCAAGGAGCCUCGGGUUCGGCAGGGAGGGGAGCCGGGGUCAGGUCCCGCGGGAGAGGCCACCCUGCUCAGACCUUGCCCCAAGCACAUGAGCGCCACCGAGAGGUUACGGAAGGUCAUCCAGGAGCUGGUGGACACGGAGAAGUCCUAUGUGAAGGACCUGGCCUGUUUGUUCGAGAUCUACUUGAAACCUCUGCACAACGAGAGCUUCCUCACACUGGACGAGAUGGAGAGUCUGUUUGGCAGCCUUCCAGAGAUGUUGGACUUCCAGAGGGUCUUCCUACAGACGCUGGAGGAGAGGAUUGCCUCCUCGCCUGACUUCAGCACCCUGGAGACCCCCUCACAGUUCAAGAAGCUGCUGUUUUCUCUCGGGGGUUCGUUUCUCUACUACGCCGACCACUUCAAGCUUUACAGCGGCUUCUGCGCCAACCACAUCAAGGUCCAGAAGGUCCUGGAGAGAGCUAAGACGGAUCAGGCCUUCAAGGAAUUCCUGGAUGCGAGGAACCCCACCAAGCAGCACUCAUCCACGCUGGAGUCCUACCUGAUUAAACCCGUGCAGAGGGUGCUCAAGUACCCCCUGCUGCUCAGGGAGCUGGUCUCGCUUACUGAUGCUGACAGUGAGGAGCACUACCAUCUCACAGAGGCUCUGAAAGCCAUGGAGAAGGUGGCCAGCCACAUCAAUGAGAUGCAGAAGAUCUACGAGGAUUAUGGCUCGGUGUUUGACCAGCUUGUCGCCGAGCAGACUGGCCACGAUAAGGAGGUCACAGAAAUCUCCAUGGGCGAGUUUCUCAUGCAUUCCUCGGUUGUCUGGCUCAACCCGCAUCCGUCGUUGGGUCGCAUGAGAAAAGACCCUGAGAUGACCGUGUUUGUGUUCAAGAAAGCAGUGAUAUUGGUCUACAGGGAAAACAACAAGCUGAAGAAGAAGAUGGCCAACCCUCGUUCAGCACUUUCUCACGGAGAUUCAGACCCUUUUAAAUUCCGUUGGCUCAUCCCGCUCUCUGCGCUGCAAGUCAGAUUGGGAAAUACUGCAGGAGCAGGCACAGAGAGCAGCUGCAUCUGGGAGCUGAUUCACUCAAGGUCUGAAGUGAAAGGGAGACCAGAGACCGUCUUCCAGCUGUGCAGCAGCGGGCCAGAGAGCAAGGUCAACAUCAUCAAGGUGAUCCGCUCCAUCCUGAGGGAGAACGUGAGGAGGAACAUGAAGAGCGAGGGCACGCUGGAGAGGGGCUGUAAGGAGCGCCUGGCCCCUCUGCGCAGCAUCCUGCCUUCCUCCGCUCGGCUAGGUUCCUCCAGAGCUUCCUGGUUAUGCAAGCAGCCCCUUGGAGAUCUCUCCACCCAGGCAGGAAACCUCAAGCUGGGGCCAGACUCGGACGAGGGAAGCUUGAGCAGUGGAACCUGCAGUUUGUCGGGGGCUCCUCCACCUAGCACCUCCUCCGACUCGCAUAUCCUCCCCAGCGGGCAGAGCUGGUCUCAGACACCUGGGUCCAAUCCACAGCCACGCUCGGCCUCCGUCAAAGAAUCAGAUAUUUUGAGUGACGAGGAUGAUGACGGUUUUAGUGAGGGGGGGACGAGGAUGGACAGUGGAGACAGCAGCUCCCCAGCGAGCACCAUUGAGGCUCAGUUCCUUCAGCUUACACUUUCAGAGGACGCUGUGUCACAAUGUGCACUGGCACCCUGUGUUCAACCCGAAGGUUACGGGGACACUCCGGAGACCCAACCCAAACUGACGAGGGGACACUUCGGUGCGGUUAAGAGGAAACCCAACAGUUUCAGGAGGAGUCAGGCCGCACUGUUGAACAUGAAGGAGCACAGCAGGUCACUGGACAGCCAGACGGAUGCAGCGUCAUCAUCCGGCGUGGUGGACCUCAACGCGUUGCUGGAGAGAGAGUUCAGUGUUCAAAGCCUGACGUCUGUCGUCAAUGAAGACUGUUUCUAUGACCCAGCUGAGAGCUGUGCCACUGACUCUGGAAAUGCCACCUCCUCUUAGAGAGUAGGGAUGUACAAGACUAUACUGUGCUCACGCCCCAGUGGCCAUAAGGUCAGAGUGGCUGACCCAAGCCCGUUCAUCGCAAUCGGGGAAACCCCCGUUAAUCACUGCCCGCUCUACCAGGGUGGCCGUGAAGCUGUGCCUCAAUUCAGAAGUCGUUCAGUAAGCCACACGCCUGCCUGCCUGCUAAAGGGUGUAGAUGUUUUCUAAUGGGAGCUUAUUUGGCUAACAGACAGUUUUUCUCCUUGAGGUGAAAUUAAGUGAUUUCUGUCCCGGUGAUGAUGACUGCAAUGAUUUUUCAAGCACUGAUGCAUACUCACGAUCUCCUCAGCUCUCUGGGCUUUGCCUCUUCCCCGUACUCCAUCCAAGUUUCCCCUCAGCUCAUGCAGAUUAGCAAUUUCCAUUCCGCUUGAUGAAGAAGAGGCGAGAAUGUCCUUGUUCUGUCAGUCCCAAAGUUGAAAGAGGAGUCCAGAGUGCAUAUAUCUCCUCAGGAUGGUUGGUCAGUCACGUUGGCGCUUUGCGACCGUUCUGAAACAUGGGUUCAGGAUUAAUGAAGUUUUCAUUUGUAUUCAGUUUCACAGAACCAAAGACUGUAGGUCACCACUUACUCCAAAUAAUAUUUGUAAAGAAAAAGAAACGAAAGAGGCACUGAGGCUGGUCGUCAGACUCACAGAUAAGAACGAACAUUGGCUUAAAAGAACAGGAAGCAACUAAGCCUUUUUGCGGUAUUUUGUGCACUAAAGUACACUGUUUGCCUAUAUAUUUGAAAUAUUUUUCAUUUGUACAGCUUUUAAUGUUAUUUCUGCUGUUUUUUAAUUUAUUAAUUAGGUUUGAUUAUGUAUAUCUUAGCAAAGUAACUUUUUGGGUGAAGGCUUGAACAGUUGGGUAAAGAUUUGUUCUACUCUUAAAAUAAAAAUACAUAAUACAGUUUGACGUUUAUUCACUUCAUUUUAAAUGCAGCCAACUGGAUUUUCCCCAUCUUUCCCUUAAGACUGUAAUUUCUGGUUCAUGCAUUUGAAUGUACAAAAGUUUUUUUGAGAUAUGGCUGCUUAAUUGAUUUAAACUGCAAUAAUGUUUAAAACCCAAUGUUUCUUUAUAUGUUUAUGUCCUGUAUAUAUCAUCUUUGCUAUCUUUGACACAUUUAUGUAUUCUCUCGUGCAUACUUGACACUGUACAGAUGAGCAGUAAGGCAGGAAUUUGCAGUAAAUUCACCCAAUAUUUUUGUGAAUCAGUGUUUGCCGUACAGAGGCAGACCACUACAACAUUCUUUACCUUCUCAGCUCAAAUUGACCACGCCUUUAACGCUAGGAUACCAAUGAAUGUGAAUGCCCUGUUAUUCCAUUUUUUUUUAUGGAAAUGUUUUAUAAAUAAAAGUUUUAUCUGUGAA